CUACACAACAGUCACACAGUUUUUUGUGUUGUGCGUCUCCUCUCCUGACGAUUUGCAGAUUCUCAAACCUCUAAUGUAUCAAGCAAACCAAGACGACGACGAAGAUCUUCUCGCUUCCCUUUGCUUCGGCCAAAGCAAUGGAAGCGAAGAUCCUUACGCGUUUAUACAGACAGAACAGGAAAACCUCUUUCCGGAGUUUGGGUCAUCUGGUUUGAAUCUGCAGCCAGAGGAAGAAGAACAACGAGUAUGUAACGUUGGAGGAGAUCAGUUUGAUGCGUUUAGUGGACUUUUCGAUGGAGUUGUGUAUAGUAACAGUGUUGGAUCAGCACAAAUUGAUUUGGGGACACAUCAAGUCUGUAGCUUUGGAGGGACAUCGACUCAUUUUCAGCAGGAUCAAGCGUCUUGUCCUGUUGUGGAGAUCAACUCUUCAUCAUCUGUUGGAGUUGUCAAGGAAGAGUUUGAGGAAGAAUGUUCAAGAAAGAGGGGACGAACUGGGUCAUGUAGCAAGCCAGGGACCAAAGCCUGUCGUGAGAAAAAGAGAAGGGAGAUGCUAAACGACAAGUUUAUGGAUUUGAGCUCUGUUUUGGAGCCUACAAGGACACCGAAGACUGAUAAACCAGCUAUUCUGGAUGAUGCAAUUAGGGUAGUGAAUCAGCUCAGAGGUGAAGCUCAUGAGCUUAAAGAAACCAACCAGAAGCUUCUAGAAGAAAUCAAGAGUCUCAAGGCGGAGAAGAAUGAGCUAAGGGAAGAAAAGAUGGUGUUGAAGUCAGAUAAAGAGAAGAUGGAGCAACAGAUGAAAUCUAUGGCCUCGUUUUCAUCACCUGGUUUCAUGCCCUCUCAUCCAGGAGCUUUCCAUCAAAAUAAAAUGGCUGUUUACGGGUCUUAUGGUUACUAUCCAAACAUGCCAAUGAUGCCAUACUUACUACCUCCUUCGCAGCGUGAUACUUCUCAAGAUCAACAGAAUUGGUCUAAAGCUGCUUAAUAUCACAAAUCACUUUAAAGUUUUGUUUCCUUGAGACGAUUCUUUAUUAUGUGUAUUGCAGUAACUUAUUGGGGAAUAGAUUGUUAUGAUUUCAAGUGUUAAAGCGCUUAUUCUUUUUUUUUUCUUUUCUUUUU